UAAAUGAAAAUAACAACAACAGCAACAGCAACAGCAACAAAAAUAAUAAAGAUUCAUCGACAACAGCAACAAAUUAUUAGUCCUUUUAUUGUGUAUACCCUUGCGAUACAAGGGAUAUUAACAACGAAAACAUCAGCAACAGCAACAACAAGAAAAACAACAACAACGGAAAAGAAUCUGUACAUUGUCGUCACUCCAUCAAAAGCAGAGUGAAUUUAGCAGAGUUAUUUUACUCACCGAGAGAUAGAGAGAGAGGGAGCGAGAGCAAGCAAGUAAAAGCAAGUGAAAAACGAAACGUUAUGUGUAACUAUCAAAAACCUUAGCAUACUCUACGGCUUUUUAUUGAUUUCAAGUGUACAGUAAAGCCAAGAAGCAAAAAUCUAUUUAUGACAUGAAAAUAUUUUAUUAAAAUUUGUUUUUCAAAUAUUUCAAUUUCCUCUUAAUUUUUAGAAAUUGUGAACCUAAAAACAAAUCGAAAAAUAUACUCAUCCCAAACGAGAACGAAAAUUCUUAAAAUAAUAAAAUAGUUUAACAUUUUUUUUUUUUUGUUUGUUUUUAAAUAAAAUCAAUUUCUUACAAUGGGUGACGAAUAUACUCCGGAUAUAAGUGCUAUGACCACAAUUCUUCCUGCUAUUUUAGGCAUUAUAUCGGCGGCCGCUCUAUGGGCCGCCGCUUGUAUAUGUGCCAAGCAAAUGCGUGCUCGUAAUAAGAAACAAAAUCAUCACGAUGCCACAUUUCCUUUCCAACCAACACGACGUCCGACAGCAGUUCGUUCACCUAGUGGUCAGCCGCCACAUUACCUUAAGAAAUCCCCCUCUCCUACCAGUGGUAAGCAGUUGGGCAUUUUACAGCCGGUACAAGAUCAAGCCAUCUCUUCUCCCGUUACACCACAAGCGGUGAAAUAUGUAGAAGAGGAUGAAAUUCAAAACAAGCAUAAAUAUAAUGGCGGCGAGAAACGCUCGCCAUUAGAAAGUAGGAGUCCUCAAGCGAACGGCAAUGUUGGCAAAUCCGUUAAUAACGGACACAAAAUGGUAGCAAUGCAUGAUUCAAUUUCAAGCAAUGGCAGCAAUGACUUAAAUAUGGAACAAUUUGGUAAAUUGGGUACAAUUUUCUUUAAAUUACGUUACUUGGCUGAACGCAAUGCGUUAAUGGUCUCGAUAAUACGUUGCCGUGGCUUGCCAUGCAAGAGUGGCGCUAGCAGCAGCACUGCAACAAAUGGUCAUAAUGGCUCGACUGAUAUACCAGCUGGCAUGAAUGGACGCACACAGGCAGCAACGGAUCCUUAUGUUAAAUUGCAAUUAUUACCCGAUAAACAGCAUAAAGUCAAGACACGCGUAGUGCGUAAUACUUGUAAUCCCGUUUACGAUGAAGAUUUCACUUUCUACGGCUUGAAUAUUAACGAUCUUCAGAAUAUGUCAUUGCAUUUCGUUAUACUCAGCUUUGAUCGGUAUUCGCGUGAUGACGUUAUAGGUGAAGUGGUCUGUCCAUUGUCAUCCAUUGAAAUUGGCGACAUUUCGAAGGAGGCUUUAUCAAUUAGCAAAGAGAUUCAACCACGUAGUUUGAAGAUCAGAGCACAGGGCCGCGGUGAACUGUUGAUCUCGUUAUGCUGGCAGCCGGCUGCCGGUCGUUUAACUGUUGUGCUCUUGAAGGCUCGAAAUUUGCCACGCAUGGAUGUUACCGGUUUAGCUGACCCGUACGUUAAGAUCUACUUACUGUACAAUGGUCAACGUAUUGCCAAAAAGAAGACGCACGUUAAGAAGCGCACAUUAAGUCCAGUAUUUAAUGAAAGCUUCGCUUUCGAUAUACCAGCUACUGAGGGUACUGGAGCAACUUUAGAAGGUGUUUCGUUGGAACUAAUGCUCUUGGAUUGGGAUCGUGUUACCAAAAAUGAGGUAAUCGGCAGACUUGAGCUUGGCGGACCAAAUUCAAGUGGAACCGCCCUAAACCAUUGGAACGAAGUAUGCAAUUCACCCAGAAGACAAAUUGCCGAAUGGCAUAAACUGAACGAGUAAAAAAGAUGAAAUCUUAGAAAUCAAGAGAAGAGAAGUUAAAAUAUCUCUUGAAAAGCAUGAAAAAAAAAAGAAAAAAGAAUUUAUGUUAAGCAACAAAAAAAAAAAAAAAAAAAAAGAAAAGAAUAAUUACAGUAAAUAUACAUGAACGUACAUAUAUUACAGAGAUUUGUACACAAACCCACAAAAAUAGUAAUUCACUAUACACCAAUUAAGACGUACUAAUACUCACACACACUCACACACAUAUACACACACUCACGUAGUUUCAUAUAUACAUAUAAAGGAAAAGCUUUUAUGUAAGAGCAACUCAACCAAUGUCAUUGAUAUUAAAAGAUUUCCCAAAAAGAAAAAAAAAAAUAAGAACAAAACAAAACAAGAAUCUCAAAUCUCCAAUAAUAAGCAAAAGAUAAAUAAAUAAAUAAAUAAAAAACGGAGAGAGCGGAGAGCGUAGAGAAGAGAAAAGCUUUCUCUUAAAAAAAAAAAUGUAAAGAGAAUGUAAGAAAAGUAAUUAGAAGGGCGAGAGAGAGAGAGAGAGAGAGAGAGAGGAACAUAAAUGAAAGGAGAGAAGAACGUGUGUUGAUUGGUUGAUAGGCGAGGAUAGUGACGAUCUUAAUAUUAGCAAAAAGUAUUAAAAAA